GCCCCGACAGGCCUGAAUCAACGGAGCCCCCUGGCAGAGACCAAGGAAUAAACUGGACUCGCAGAGUGUCUGAUUUGGGCAAAAAGGACGAGCUGAUAGAGAAAACGGGCAAAAAUGGCUGUGGCGGGCUGCACGAAAUGCAUUAAAUACAUGUUAUUCUUCUUUAAUUUUAUUUUCUGGCUGGCCGGCGGUGUGAUCUUAGGAGUUGCCCUGUGGCUCCGCCAUGACAGUCAAACCAGCAACCUCCUCAUACUUCAGUUUGAAGGCCAGCAGGCACCGAGCACUUUCUAUAUCAGUGUGUACAUACUGAUAGCCGUUGGAGCCGUGAUGAUGCUUGUUGGCUUCCUAGGAUGUUACGGUGCCAUUCAGGAGUCUCAGUGUCUGCUGGGGACGUUCUUCUUCUUUUUGGUAAUCCUCUUUGCCUGUGAAGUGGCUGCAGCAAUCUGGGGUUUCAUGAACAGGGACACAAUCUCCAAAGAGCUGAUCAACUUCUACGACUCUGCGUACAUCAAGGCUGUGGAUGUCUCCGGGUCUCCCAGUAAAGACGCUGCCAUCAAGGUCCUGGAUGUUUUCCACACCACACUUGACUGCUGUGGUAAAGGAGACGACACCGUGCUCUUCAGACAAGUUGCCAGCGCCUUGUGUCCAAGAAAGUCUCCAGAAGACUUUCUGAAAUCUCAGAGCUGUCACGAUAAACUGAUCGAGCUGUUCUCGGAGAAGCUCCACCUGAUUGGUCUGGCUGCCCUGGUGGUUGCUGUCAUCAUGAUCUUCGAGAUGAUCUUCACCAUGGUGCUCUGCUGUGGGAUCCGUAACAGCCCUGGAGUAUACUAGGACUCCAGCCAACAGGCAGCAGCAGCCCACAGCAGCAUAUAAUGGAAUUAUUUCAUUAUGUGUUUCUAUGAAUCAGCUCCUUUUGAUUAUUAACAAGAUGGAUAUCUCUCUCCUUUUUAUUUUAGAUUAGAAACUUUAAAUUGUUUUCGAUAUUGCAAAUCUAUCAUCACUCAGUCUUACACAGUAAUUUAGCUUUUAUCUGUCAGAUGUUCUUUAUUUAUCAUACAACACUUUAUAUGAAUCUUUUAUAUUUACAGUAUGUAUGUGAAAUAUUUCUCUCAAGUCAUUGAAGGUAAUGCCUUUUUUUA